AUGGCGCUUUGUGCUGCAGUUGUGGUCCUGCUAUACUUCGUUUUGGGAGUAUACGGCCAAAAUCCACCCUCGUCUUUUGCCUUAACGAACCACUGUGUUGGACCGGGUGCAGUAGCAUUUGCAUUAGAUGGAUCAGAAAGUAUCAAUGCUUCCAACUUUGAACUAUUGAAACAGUUUGUAAAAGCCAAUAUUCAGCAUUUCAAGAUUGGACCAAGCAACAUUCAGGUCGCCGCUUUUGUAUUCAGUCAAGCUAUCGGUGACGAUGGAUUCCCGUUCGACAGUCAGGACACGAACUACACACUAUUUGCCAAAGUGGAUGCCUUGAAGUUAAUACGUAUGGCUACAUUUACUGACGUAGCGAUCACCGAGAUAAUCCGCCUUCUUAUCCAACCAAACGUCCCCUACCCUAAGGUGGGCGUGAUCCUGACCGACGGGGCAUCGUACGACCCGGUGAAGACCCAGACAGCGGCCGCUGCGGCCCGUACCCUGGGGGUGACCCUCAUUUCUGUGGGUAUCGGAGUCUCCCCUGGAUCAGCCGCUGCGGCAGAACUUACCGCCAUUACAGGAAACCCCUCACAGGUUCUCCUGUUAAACGGAUACAGCCAGCUGACAAACUUAACUGGUGUAGCCAUACUUAGCGAUUUACUGUGUCGAGCAAUAACAACAUCCACGAGCACAACAACGACGACACCUAUUCCGACGACAACCAGUACCCCGAUCCCGACGACACAAAGACCAACAACACCAAACCCGACAUUACCACCUCUGACCACCCAGAAACUCCAGACCGAUAAAAUCACUAACCCUUUGUGUGAGGGCUGUAUUAUAGCUGACGGUGUAGGAUACAACAGGCACGGAUCUAACUGCCAACGCUUCGUCCAGUGCUACUUUGAGGAUGAUAAAGCAGUUGCCAUGGAGAAGAAGUGUGGAUUCGGACAGUUCUUCUCGCUGUCUCAUCUGACGUGUGUUCACGCUGAAUACUCAGACUGUCCAUAUGAUCCUUGUAUUGGUCAGCCUGAUGGCGCUAGCUGGAACAUGGCAGAGAACUGUCAGGGUUACUGGACCUGUAUAAACGGCCACUCUGUGCCUACUUGUUGUGGAAAUCAGACUCGAUACGUCACAGGUUCCGGCUGUGCGGCUGAUGUCACAUGUACAGAGGCAUGUCCACCAAAGCCCACCACUGUUGCAUUUCUUUGUGAGUCCCAGGCUGAUCCCGACCCUAGUUACUACCUUCAGAAUGUCAGUGGUGCUCUCUUACGGCGCCGCUGUGCACCGGGGACCCACUACGAUGCUGGCUCCUGUGGCUGUUCUAUCCUGGUUACCAUCAGUCCAUCAGCAGUCUGCUCCCCUAUGCUUUACCACUCUCAGUCCGACCCUUACUUUUAUGAUGCUACAAACAUAAUUCCAGUCGGAAUGGUCAACGUCGCCAUAACUACAGGGUCGCUUGGAUUUGGCGGAAAUGGCGAAAUCAACAUUUGGCGCCUGGCAAACCAAGAUUUUCAAGACGUUCUUGUUGUCCGGUUUGAGCUGACAGUAGGGACGUCAGCCAUUCCAAGGACAGAGCAGGUGCUCGUGAAUUGUCUUCACUCCAAUGGCGCGAUGACGCCGGCAUCUGUGGAUAUUCAGGUGAUCAAGACCUCCACCGCGACUCAGUUAGUGUACACCCUCAGAGCCGGGGGCACGUCCAAAACGCUGACCUCCCCAGUCACGCCUGGGGUUGCUACAGAAGUGAUAUAUGCUUACGAUGGGUCAACAUUCGCCGUGUACUCGGGGCCUGGGACCGAAUCCUCCACGAAUCUCAGAGAAGCCUUCUGUGAUGGCCGGGUCAGUUUGGUCAUCGCGAUGGAUUCCUCCUCUAGUCUGACCUCCAUACAGUUCCUCCAGAUUAAGAACUUCACAGCUAACGGUCUGGUGAAGCGGUUCAUGUACCCACACACCAUCGCCACGGUGGCAUUCGCCGAGAACGUGGAAAUUGUCACUGACUUUGGGGAGCUAAACAGCGAUAAAAUUAUGAUGUACAAUUCUAACAGGAACUACCAGACCAGAAUUGACUAUGCUAUCGGAAACAUGACGGACAUGUUGUCUAGUAGUCCUUUUCUGGACCCAGAUGUUCCGAAGGUCGCUCUAAUUCUGACUGAUGGGAAGAGCACGAGCGGCAUCGAACUACUACACAGUGCCGCCAUGUAUGCCGAUAGAAAUAAUGUAUAUGUGAUGGCUGUCGGGGUGGGGGAGGAAAGGAACCUAUCCCCAGCUGAAUUGAAUAACAUGACUCAUGGAAUUCAAGUACAUCAAAGAAUCAUCCCAUACAAAGAACUCGCGAGUUCUCUCGACAAAGUGGUAGAGCAAAUCUGCUACCUUUCUCAAAAUGGAGCCAUGAGAACAGGAGAAAUCCGAGGACGUUAUCUUCUCACUAUUGUUUUUGACGUCACGAUUCAGAGCCUCGAUCUGACAAAGGAGUUCAUUUCCCGACUCCUUGAAUACAUUGAGUUCGGUAACCCUUCGAUGAAUCUGAUAAUUGCAACACUAGCUGAUGGAGCAGCGUCUAUCGGGCGGUUCGAUGAAACGGCCAGUUUAAUUGAAGUUAGGAAGUUCCUAGACCACAUGACUACUAGAGAUCACGAGUAUUUUGACGCGGUUUUGGCUUACAAGAAAGUAGAGAGCGACUUCCUGUAUGCUCCAGGAGACUCCUCCAAGAUGGCACUGUUUAUUACGGACAAGCCACUACAUAAGAGUGGCUUUGCUUAUACGAGGGUUUUCUUGAAUUCAAAAUCAAAAUCUAGCAACGUACAGAUCAUGUACCUUGGAAUAGGCUCCGCUGUAAAUCCGGAUUUUAGUCUUGCUUUAGCUAGUUCUAAAGUCGCAAACAGAAUCAUUGUGUCUAACCAGUCACUUUUGUCAAGUGGACUGAACAAUAUUGUGAGAGCAAUUGGUACAGUGUUUCAUGGACCAGCAGAAAUACUGAUAGGGUAUAGUCUCUGUCCACACUCAUUUAACCCACAGAAAUUCAACAAAUAUAAUACCUUUCUGGAAAAUGUGGUAAGAAACAUUCAUAUGGGAUCAGACAAUGUCCAAUUGACCCUUGCUACAUACUGUACCGACGUGAACUACAUCAGUAGCAUCAAGGAUUACCAAGUUACCUUCCAUGUUCCAUACGGUCUCCAGCGUGGGGGAGUGAUUACCCAACUUCAGUGGACAACAGAAAACGUCAUCAGGGAGGUUUUAAAUGUGUAUGACACUGUAGAAUCUGACGUCAAGAUUGCUAUCGUCAUCAUUGCUGAUCCAUUCAUGGAGGGAGAUCUAGUGGGACUCUUGGAGGAGGCUAAACAAAAUAAUAUUUUAAUCAUGCCUCUUGUGCUGUAUCAUGCAAAUGCUUCUAUCGACGGACUUAGGCAGAAAGUGGACACCAUGAACACAGUGAUACCGCCUUUAUAUAUCUCCUGGUCGGAGCUUCAAACUCACGGUGCCGAACAAACUAUGAAUGUUUUGCGAAAAUACUUGAUUGGGAGAAGGAAAGAUAUUCUCAUCUCGGCAUCAAGUAUGGAUCUCACGGAUGACCUUCUGAAGAAUUACCUGAAGCUUUACGUCAGAGAACUUCAGAACAUAAAUAACAAGGAAACUACUUCAAGUCUCGAGAGGAAGAUCGUAUCUGAUAUUCAACAACACAGACUUCGUGUAUUGAAUGAUGACGUAAGGAAUACACAUGCCGGCCUUCAUGGCAUUCUGCUGAGCUUUCUUUAUUCGGAAGAUCUUUCUGAAAAUAGAGUUGGAUUCCUUUUAACAAAAGGACCAUCAUCUGAUCCCAGCGCAACCCGCUCUGUAGCAAGACUUCUGAAGGAUGCCAAUGUUCAUAUGUUUGCUCUUGGAUUUGGAGUAGACAGAACCAGAGACGAGGAAUUAAAAUUAAUUACAGGAGACAACGAACAUAUUACAAAACUGUCGUCUGCAGCUGACAUCAUAGGGGCAAUCUCGUCAGUUAAGAAAAUAAUGGGAUCUGUCAAUUUGGACUCGAAGAAGGCUACGCAUAUUUCUGUUGCUCUCGAUUCUUCAUUGAAUGUGACAGAUACAGAUUUUAAAAAUCUUAAGGUGAUGAUAAAUAUGUUCAUCAAGUUGUGGUCCAGUGGGAGUAACUACUACCUGACAUUUGGACAAUACAAUAGAGACUACAACCCAGAGUUUGUUCGUCAGCCUCUUAAUCAAAACACAUUGACAGAGGUCAUGCAGCGUGUAUACACACUCACACGCCAAAGCCCAAGUCAAACACUCUCACAAGAUUCACUCCCACCCCGGAGACUUCCACUUCACCUAACGAUAAGGAAUCUGCAUCAAAGAAUGAAAGAAUCCAAAUCACAGAAUAGAUCGCAGGCAGUACUGAUGAUGUUUGACAAAGAACCAACUGAUAUAUUGUUGACUGAUAUUGCCUUGCGAGAGGCUAGGUUAGAUGGUGUUCACUUUAUAACUAUACCUAUAGGAAUUGACUCAUAUCCAGACACAUUCACCUACAAUCUUCCCCUUUAUGCACUUGGAGAUGUCGGUCCAGACGCAAUGAAUAUUAUAAACAACACAAUAAUGGCUGUCUUACCAAAAGGAAAAUUUGACUUACUAAUUGCCUUGGAUGCAGAUUCUAUGGUUUCAAAUGAUGCAAUGCAUUGGAUGAAAGUUGCUACCCAGUUCAUUACGUCAGGAAUGGCAGAACGAUUUACCAAAUACGGAGUUGUCACCUUUUCUGAUAUCAUAAGAAAUGUCAUAGAAUAUACUGACUUCCAGAGUCAGAUGUUGGUUUCUUAUCUACGAAGUAUUAAUGCUUAUACAAAACAUCCGUCAAUCCAGACAAAACCUAGCGUAAUCAUUAACAAGCUUCAUAGCUUAAUUGAUACUACAAUGUCAACGGCUGCAAAAAUCGGUCUCAUUUUAAUGGAUGACGACACGGAUAAUGACGUUGACUUGGAGUCGUCUGCUACGAUGGCAUGGUCAAAGGGUGUUAACUUGAUGUCCAUUGGUGUAGGUACACAUACUGACAAGCUCGAAUUGUCACACAUCACUAAAGACAAGAAUGAUUAUUACCUACAAAUUGAAGACUGGGAGAAUCUCGACACAGAUGGAUUUUCAUGGGCAAUACAAACAUUCGAAAAAAUGGAGCCGUUGCAUUUAUAUAUUACAAAGACGAAUCCUGUAGUAACGACAGUUGCCUCAACGAUAUCCACACCGGACACGACAGUUAUAUUAGAGGAAUGCACGGGUUUAGUUGACAUUGCGUUUGCUAUGGACGCUUCUGGAAGCCUGACAACAGAAAUGUUCAACGCUAUCAAGCUGACUGUUGCAAAUACUGUAAGUAACAUGAAGCUAUCUGAAAAUGACGUCAGAGUUCGCGGAGUUAUCACGUUUGAUGACGUUAUCCAGGAGGUGGCAGAAGAUGUCAGCAAUAAGAUUCUUCUACGGGAACUUAUACUUGGGGCUGUCCACACUAAAGGAAUGACAAAGAUAGACUUAGCUAUCAGAAGAUUAACAGAAUAUCUUGAGUCAGAACCGAAAAGAAAUGCCAGGAAAAUUGGAGUUGUUAUUACGGAUGGAAAAUCCAUGAAGCCACAAAAAACCCGAGAAGCUGCUGCAGCUGCAGUAAAAAGCAACAUCACAAUGGUUGCCAUGGGAAUAGGGGGACCUACAGACAUAUCCUAUACUGAACUCAUGGAUGUAGCCAAUAAUGUCACUGACAACUUCUUGUGGUUGAAAACCUUAUCGUCGUUCUUACUGAACGGGACUCAAGUCCUGCACGAGAGGAUAUGCAGAGUUACUGAAGGAAGGGAUCUCUCCACGACCGCCAUACCAACUGUAACAACAAAAGACCCUUACCAUCCCGAAGAACUGUGUGCAAGGUGCCAGUGUGUUGGUAGAGUGAUUAUUCCUGACCCACUGGACUGCAGUAGAUACCAUAUCUGUAUAGAUUCUAGACUUGAUACAUCUGAACAUUGUGAUCCAAAUAAAUUCUGGGACCCUAAUACAAAAACGUGCUUGCCACCCAUGACUGCCAACUGUCAAUAUGACCCCUGUUAUUUACGGCCUGAUGGGUAUAACUACACCACCAUCAGGUUGUUAGAUGAGAACCGAUGCGACCAGUUCUACACAUGUCUAAAUGGACGCACCAAGAAGUUGUGCACUUGUGGAGAAAGGCUUGAAGGAAACUUUCUUAUUCACAGGAAGUAUGAUCCACUUUCGGAUCAUUGUGUAGAUGACACGAAAGGAGAGUGCUUCACUCUCAUCAACCUAAAUGACCAGAAGGUUACCAAGCCCGAUACAUGGGUGUGUAAUACGAGGCCUGCGUUAUCCAAAGAAAGUUACAUUAACAUCAGAACAAACGAGGAAUUGAAGUGCCCUACAAACUAUAUUUAUAGCCACGAGAAGUGUCGGUGCGUGGUGGAUAUUAUUGAAGUGAAAACAGACACCUGUAAAGCAGACAUAGAUCUCCAAUUUAAUACUCGAUCCAUCCAGCUGUGGAAUGUAACCCUGAAGGACGGACAGGGAGUGUUCGAUGGAAAAACCACCAUGGUGUCUAUAAGAAACAUGGCUAAUCAUUAUGCUCAUGACUUUGCGGUCAAGGUUUCAAUGAAAACGCCCGAAUACAAGGAUAUGCUUUUGUUUGAAAAUUCCAAUUGUCAAGAAACAGACCUUCCAAGUAUAAGAGUGCACUUAAAGAAAAUAAAUGGGCUCUUGGGAGUGGUAGCAGAAAUAAAGACGGCUCAUGGAUACGUCAAAUUACAACUACAAUCUACGGCUUUACGAUACCAACAACAGACCACGCUGACUUUGGCGUCUAAGGGACAUAAAGUCGCCAUGUGGACGACGUAUGAUGAUGGAAACUUAAGGUCUGCAAUACGAGAAAGUGACGUCACGAUGGCAUUACCAGCUGAGCCACAUUUUCACUGUAACUCCCCCCUUUAUCUUGGGAGAGGGGUCGGGAACGAAUUGAGUCCUUUUGAAGGCACAGUCGACUAUUUCCAGUGGUUCUAUAACUGUUUGCCCGCGGAUGUACUGGAGUAUUUUGAUCACGCAUAGAAGUGCAUACCUGUAAUACCAGUCUGCUUUUUAUCAAAGACCACAGAUAUGCAGUUCAUUGAGAUUUGUAUAAAGAUAAUAUAAUAUUCGCUGUUGAUAAAUGCCAGUUUUCGAAUAAAUUAUGUUGCACUUUUUUAA